AUGGCAUUUUGGUUGAUUAACUUGGAAACAGACAUUAUGUUAGGUUUCAUCCCUUAAUACCCAAAACUCUCAAUUGUUGUAGCCUUUAUCUUUUGGAUCAUCAACAUUCUCACAUUAAUCGUUUAAUAGUCUUACAUUAUAGAUAAUGGAGAUAAGGGAAUAUUUUCUUAUGAAACUUUAAUAUCAGUAUUAAUUGUCUAUGGGACUCUCGGACUUAGUUAAUAUUUAAUUGUUCAAAAAAGAAUUCGAGAUUCUUCUGUUUAAAUAACACCAGAAGAAUAAUUAACACCAUAAAAAACUGGAUAAUUGACUAUGAAGUCUCCAUUAAGGACUGUUAUCACUCAGAAUUCACAUAGGAAGUAACCUCGACUACUGCCAUUAGCUACGAAUUUUUAAAAACGUUAUUUCAAAGGACUGUUUUUAUUUAUUACUAUAUUUGUCAUUCAUUCCUUAUUAUUUAUCCAUCAAACUACAUCACUUAUUAUUUUGAAGGCUGCCUUAUCAUUGCAUAUCAUAUUACUGACUUAAUUAUUUUCAUCCGUACUCAUCAAUUUCUUUACUAUAAUCUCAAUAGGGAAUCUACUAAUCAAUUUAUACUCGAUGAAUGUUUUCGUAAAGUAUUUUGGAAGCAACACUUUUUAUUUGGCUUUCAUGAAUUUUUUGACCAACACUACUGAAAUGUAUAUAGUUUCCUUGAAUUUGGCAUUGAUUAUGGCGUCAAUAGUUGGAUUGCUGUUUGUUAAUGAUUUAGUUAGUCAAAUAUUAUUUUACUUUUAUCUGUCAAUCUUUGGAGUGGCAUUUCUGAUAAAGAUAUAUCAAAAGAUAAAGGCAAAUGAAUACUGA